AUGGGGAAAAGAUCACUAUUGGAACAUCGUCAGGGGAAAGACUCUGGUUGUUUCAUAUGGCGGAGAGUGCUUCCAAUACGUCCCAAAAGAACUCCAGCAAAUCUCCGUGACGAGGCCACCACACCUUUAAGGAAGGGCAAGACAAAGGCCCUAGAUAUCAUAGAGAAAGACGAGAGUGGUCGUUUUGUUGAAGCAUUUAUCAGCAUGGGAGAUGCACGUCACACGGUUGAUUUUGAUGUCAUAUCAGAAUUUGUCUGCUGCAUGUAUGCCCAAAGUCAGACUCGCGACAUUGAUGAAGCACGUUACAACAAAUUGAUGCAAAUGACAGGCAAAGUUCAAAAGGAUAAUCCGCUGGCAAACGUCAAACGUAUCGACUGUGCAUUGCUUCCACCCACUCGUAAAACGCUAGAGAUGAAGAUCAGCCGGUUGCAAUAUGUUACAGUGUUGUGGACCCUUGCUACAAAAGCUUGUCCAGGAGAUGGUUUGUCAAUGACACACUCCUGA